AUGCCUCUUGACGAAGCCCGUGUGGCCGAAUACAAAGCACGCCUCGCCGAGCGCGAGCGCAUCAUCCGCGAGUCCUGGGUGCGCUCCGUCGAGGCCCAGCUCGUCCGCGAGAAGCUCGACCGCUGCUACGAGUCGGAGGGCGUGAACCACCUAGAGAGCUGCAAGGACCUGCGGGAGCGGUACAUUGAUAUGCUGAGGGAUAACCGGGUGAAGGGGUACAAGAACAUCGAUGUAUAG